AUGGUUAGUCACCUCUGGUCCCGUCUGUCCACAGCUCGGCCGGACGUGGUGGAGUCGACGCCCGGCGAGCCGACCUACAGCGUGAGGAGCGAGCUGACUCUGACCGUGUCCCGCUCCGACGACCAGGCCCCGGUGACCUGCGCCGUGAUCCACCCGUCCCUCAGCCCCGGAGACAAGCGCUCCCAGCAGGCUCUGCACGUGCUCUGGUGCUGUGGCGAGGGCGGGGUGGGGUCCUUAGGGUGUUGUGGCGGGGCGGGGUAG